CCACAUCCAGCAGGGAGCCAGGCUGUGUGGGGAACACCACCUUUCCCAAGCCCUCGAAGACCUUAGGAUCAGGUCCAGAAAUGCCAUUGGUGUGUUUGAAAGACUUUAAAGCACAUGCCCGAGAUCGGCUGUCAAAGUCAUCUUGGGAUUUUAUUGAAGGAGUGGCUGAUGAAGGCAUCACACGGGACGAGAACAUUGCAGCAUUCAAAAAAAUCCGCCUCCGCCCCCGGUACCUGCGAGAUGUGUCAGAGGUGGACACCAGGACCACCAUCCAAGGGGAAGAGAUCAGUGCCCCCAUUUGCAUCUCUCCCACAGCCUUCCACGGCAUGUUCUGGCCCGAUGGAGAAGUGAGCACAGCCAGAGCUGCCCAAGAAGCUGGCAUCUGUUACAUCACCAGCACAUUUGCCAGCUGUACCCUUGAAGAUAUUGUCGCUUCUGCUCCCAAAGGCCUCCGAUGGUUCCAGCUCUAUGUGCAGUCAGACUGGCAGCUAAACAAACAGCUUAUCCAACGAGUAGAAUCCCUGGGUUUCAAAGCUUUGGUGAUCACAGUGGAUGCACCCAUAGUUGGCAAAAGGCGAGAGGACAUUAGAAAUCAGUUGGACCUGAUGAAGAGCUUACAGCUAAAGAAUCUUCGGCCACCUACGGAGAGAAAUUCCGUGCCUUAUAUCCAGUCGCCUCCCAUCAGUACAUCUUUCUGCUGGGAUAACCUCUCUUGGAUUCAGAGUAUAACUCAACUCCCCAUCAUCCUCAAAGGGAUUUUGACAAAAGAGGAUGCAGAGUUAGCAGUGGAGCACAAUGUCCGUGGCAUCAUUGUUUCUAACCAUGGUGGGAGGCAGCUUGAUGAGGUCCCUGCUUCAAUUGAUGCUCUGACAGAAGUGGCGACUGCUGUAAAAGGGAAAAUUGAAGUCUACCUCGAUGGCGGGGUCCGAACUGGUACCGAUGUGUUGAAAGCUCUGGCCCUUGGAGCUAAGUGCAUUUUUCUUGGGAGACCAAUCCUCUGGGGUCUUGCCUAUAAGGUAAGAGUGGCACAAUGUGAAUCAGUGGGAAGAUACAGAGAGUCUUGCUCAUAUCCAUGCUUUUCUGUGGUUCAUCCUCCACCCUCACCACUUUUCGAGGUGCCUGAGGAUAAUCACCUCUCCUCCACAUGCCCUCUGAUGCGUGCCACAAACUUUCAAGAGCUCUCAUCUCUGACUUUUCCUUCUUGCUUUCAUUUCUUCCCCAGAUAAUUCUAAUGUCCUAGGUAUUCUUCCACAUCCCCUGCCAUAGUUCUCACUAUGUCCAUGGUUCCUACCCAGCAGAUGGUCAGAAUGUUCCUUCAAUACAACAAUUACUAAUUGGGCAUUAUGUAAAAUUGUGGAUGUAUAACCGACGUGAUUCUGCAAUCUGCAUUUGGGGUAAAAUUG